AUGGGGUCAUUGAAGAGUCCUGUCUUCAUCUUGGUCCUCCACCUUCUGGAAGGGGUUCUGAGCAACUCCCUCAUCCAGCUGAACAAAAAUGGCUAUGAAGGCAUUGUCAUUGCCAUCGACCAUGAUGUACCAGAAGAUGAAGCCCUCAUUCAACACAUAAAGUGGGCAGAGGCACUGCAUCUGCUCAACCUGGAAGCAAAGAGUCAAUUCAGGGCUGCUGCAGGUGUGUGCGGGAGGGGGACAUGGGUACACCUAGUUGCCUCUUCUGUAAGUGGAGAAAAGGUACACAGAAGCUCUUUGUCCCGGGAGAGCUGGAGGAGCCAUCCAAACUGUCAUCAGAAAGACGACAUAGAGAAAGCAGAAGAGGUCUUCCAGGACAGUAAAGAGCUGGGAAUAAGAAGGAAACACUUCCUAAGAGAGCACCCUGGAGUCCUCAGUCUGCUCACAGCACAUCCAUGGUCAUUGCUGUGCAAUGGGAUUCCUGGCCAGAGUAUAGCUCAAACAGGUGUGGGGGAUGGAGGCGCGGCUUCCAAGGAUGUCUUCAUGUUUACCAUGGAGGCCUUCAGACCCUCUUCAGGGCAAGCAAGUCCGUGCCAGAAACUGAUCAGUAGUCAGAAGCCUCCGGUGAAGCAGAUACCUGGAGAAAGAAGCAAAGUAGAAAAUGGAAGAGACGCGCGGCUGGCCGAUGUCCUGGUGUCAGCAACCAGCCCUGUGGGUGAGGACCAGCCGCACACUGAGCACGUGGGAGCAUGUGGAGAGAAGGGACUCAGGAUUCACCUCACUCCCAACUUCUUAGCAGGAAAGAAGCUGAAAGAGUACGGACCACAAGGUACGGGCUCAGCUAAAGUGUUCCAGCAAACAGUCUGCAUACUUCUCACAUUAGGUCACGAGAGGGCAUUUCUCCACGAGUGGGCUCAUCUCCGAUGGGGAGUGUUCGAUGAAUACAACAAUGAAGAAAAAUUCUACCUAUCCAAAGGAAAAGCCAAAUCAGUAAGAUGUUCAGCAGCUAUUACCGGGAAAAAUGUAGUUCGUUGGUGCCAGGGAGGCAGUUGUGUCAAUAAAGGAAGCUGCAGAAUAGACAAAUUAACCGGACUCUAUGGAAAAGACUGUGUGUUCUUACCAGACAAACAACAAAUUGAGAAGGCAUCCAUAAUGUACUCUCAAACUAUUGAUUCUGUGGUUGAAUUCUGUACAGAAAAAAAUCACAACAAGGAAGCCCCAAAUGCCCAGAACCAACGGUGCAAUCUCCGCAGCACUUGGGAAGUGAUCCAGGGCUCGGAGGACUUUCGGAAGAGCACGCCCAUGACGACUCAGCCACCCACACCCACCUUCUCCCUGCUGCAGAUUGGACAGAGAAUUUUGUGUCUAGUCCUUGAUAAGUCUGGGAGCAUGACAAAUGAUGAUCGCCUUAACCGUCUUAAUCAGGCAAGCAAGCUUUUCCUGCUCCAGACCAUGGAACAGGGAUCCUGGGUCGGGAUGGUGACAUUUGACAGCGCUGCCUACGUAAAAAGCGAACUCAAACAGAUAAAAAGUGCUGCUGACCGAGACCUGCUGACCAAAAGCUUGCCCACAGUAUCGUCAGGAGGGACGUCUAUAUGCUCCGGGCUUCAAGCAGCGUUUACAGUGAUUAAGAAGAAGUAUCCAACCGAUGGAUCUGAAAUCGUGCUGCUGACCGACGGUGAGGACAACACCAUCGGUGCCUGCUUUGACCUGGUGAGGAAGAGUGGCGCCAUCAUCCACACAGUGGCCCUGGGCCCGGCUGCUGCUAAAGAGCUGGAGCAGCUGUCCACAAUGACAGGAGGUUUGCAGACGUAUGCUUCCGAUCAGGCUCAGAACAACGGCCUCGUUGAUGCUUUCGCAGCCCUUUCGUCAGGAAAUGGAGCUGUCUCUCAGCGCUCCAUCCAGCUGGAGAGCAGGGGAGCCAGUCUCCAGAAGGACCAGUGGAUGAAUGGCUCGGUCAUUGUGGACAGCACAGUAGGGAAGGACACUUUAUUUCUUAUCACCUGGACAACACAAGCUCCUCAAAUUCUUCUCUGGGAUCCCAGUGGGACAAAACAAGGUGGCUUUGUUGUGGACAAAGCCACCAAGAUGGCCUACCUGCAAGUCCCAGGCACUGCCAAGGUGGGUCAUUGGAAAUACAGUCUGAAAGCAAGCUCACAAACGCUCACUUUGACCGUCACCUCCCGGGCAGCAAGUGCUACAGUGCCUCCAAUUACAGUGACCCCAGUAGUGAAUACGAACACAGCAAACUUCCCCAGCCCUGUAACGGUCUACGCAACCCUUCGCCAAGGAGUCUCGCCAAUUCUCAGGGCCAGCGUCACAGCCUUGAUUGAAUCCGUGAAUGGAAAAACAGUGACCCUGGAGUUACUGGAUAAUGGAGCAGGUGCUGAUGCUACCAAGAGUGAUGGUGUCUACUCAAGAUUUUUUACAGCUUUUGAAACGAAUGGUAGAUACAGCAUAAAAAUAUGGGCUCUGGGAGGAAUUACAGCAGACAGAGAGAGAACCUUACCUCAGAAUGGAGUCAUGUACAUAGACGGCUGGAUUGAAAAUGGUGAAGUAAAACUCAAUCCUCCACGUCCUGAAACUAAUAAUGUUCAAGACAAGCAACUGUGCUUCACUAGGACAUCUUCUGGGGGAUCAUUCAUGGCCUCUAAUGUCCCCUCGGCUCCCAUUCCUGACCUCUUUCCACCUUGCCGAGUCACCGACCUAAAGGCUACCAUCCAGGGGCACACGCUCGUAAAUCUGACCUGGACCGCUCCUGGGGAUGACUACGACCACGGGAGAGCUUCCAAGUACAUCAUCCGAAUAAGCACAAAUAUUGUUGAUCUCAGAGACAAGUUCAAUACCUCCGUCCAAGUGAACACCACCAACCUCAUCCCCAAGGAGGCCAACUCUGAGGAAAUCUUUGGGUUUGAACUGGAAGGUGAUAGUUUUGGAAAUGGCACAGAUAUCUUCAUUGCUAUCCAGACUGUGGAUAAGUCCAACCUGAAAUCAGAAAUAUCAAACAUUGCACGGGUAUCUCUGUUCAUCCCCCCUGAAGAGCCAUCCACCUCCAAUGACACAGCUCCUCUUUGUCCUGAUGUUAGUAUCAACAGCACUAUCCCUGGCAUCCAUGUGCUGAAAAUAAUGUGGAAGUGGUUAGGGGAAAUGCAGGUGACGCUAGGCUUGCACUGAAUUUUCAGGAGAUAAAUAAAUAAAGCACUCCUUGCAUUGUAGAACUUUCUAAAAUGGAUUUUAGACUUCCUGUAGGGGGCAAUAUAGUAAUAUGGGAAGCUCAAAAUCUGGAUCCAUGUGUAUUAAUAAUUCUCUGCCCAAAUUCUAAGGUCUAAUCUUUGCUUGAUCUUUGGAUGGAAAUUUUGAAUACUUGCAAGAACCAAAUGUUGCUUUUACUAGUAGAUUUUAGUUAAUCCUAGGUAAAAAUAACAUUCAAUUGUAGCUAGCUAAUCUACUAACUACUAAAAUGUCAGA